AUGCGCGACGACCCGCAUCGCGAUCGCGCGCUGCUCUUCCACAGCCGUCGGCGUUAUCAACGACGAGAAGGGGAGCGGCGGGAGGCGCGGGUGGCCGCCGCCGCCGCGAGGCUGCGCGCGAUCAAACGCUACGGCGACGUCGCCGCCCCGAUGCGAGAAUCCCACCACCGCGUGCGCGAGGAGCUGGAACGGACGAUGCAGGGCGAAACGGGGUUCAUCUCGAAUCGUUCUCGCUAA